AAUGCAGCAGCAGCUCAAACUAUCUCGACGACGAACAAGUGAAUCAUGAGACACGGCAAGAAGCUCAAAAAGCUGACCGGAGGAGAUACAACUCUCAGACACCUUGUGACUGCCCUCCUGCAUCAUGAAAUGAUCCAGACCACAGUGCCAAGGGCGAAGAUCGCGGCGAGAAUGGCAGAAAAGAUCAUUACGAUGGGCAAGAGAGCCACGUUCAAUUCAAGAAGAUCGGCCGCUGCUUUCCUACGGAAACCACAUUCACACAAUGUCAGUAUGGAAUACCGAUUGAGGUCCAAAACGCCUCCACCCAACGCUCCACUCGGUUACCCAGGUAUCCCUGAGGAUGCUGUCCCGGGAACGUAUCGUCAUCCCACAUCAUUGAUACCGAAAGUUUUCGAAACGCUCGCAGAGAGAUACAAAGCUCGAAACGGAGGAUACACCAGGAUACAUCGUUUCGGUCGACGUCAGGGAGAUGCGGCACCUUCUGCCAUCUUGACAUUGGUCGAUGGGCCUAGGGAUCUGAAUUUUGAGUUAUUGGCGAGGCAGUUGGGCAAAGAAGCAGCAGCUGCACAGUACCUGGGAGAGGGGGAAGUCAUUAGAGGCGGACUGGACGAUUGGUUGCCGACGGUAUCCAAGGAUCUCAGACAGUCCAUUGCGCUGGCACUCAAAUAUAGGCCAGCGGAGGAUAGGACGGCAUUUGAGAGCAAAGCUAGGGCUUUCGCAGACGAGCUCGCGGCUGAAUACGCCAUUUAUGGAGAACACAUGACGGAUGGACAUCGAGAUCCAGUAUGGAAUGACGAAGUCAUGGACGUGAUUGAGCCACCCCCGAACACGGCUCGCAAGAUCAAAUCAGGAGAGCGGCUGGCCGGUAUGGAGACCCACUUGACGGGUCUUCAAUUGGCCCGAAAAGCACUAGCGAAAGAACCAUGGGAGAGGAAUAGGACAACAAGAGGGAAUCCUCAAGAGUCGCAUGAGGCAAGACGUCUCAGGAUCGAGGCUGAGCAAAAGCCUCGAUACUUGACCGAGAGAGAGAAGCCGAAACCCAAGUCUGCGAAGAGAGAUGAUGUUUUGAAUGAGGAGAGGCCGAAGGUACUGGACGAUAUCAUUAGGGAAGCUGGAGAUGUCAGACCUGCCUCGGCUGCUGAUCUCAUGUCUCGUCUGCAGAGGUGAGGCGAGAGGGUUGUCUAUAGCUGUCAAUUGUAUUUAUUAUUGCAUUUUGCAUCUCCAUCGGAA